AUGGAGUAUUCAGGCCGGAACUGGAACGGACGCCGUGUCAUGGGAAUGGUCGAGGGCAAGUCCAUAGCAACUGCGCUCACUGCCCACCCCACGAUGAUGUGGGAAAUUCCUGAAAGCUGGACCAUGGAAGAGGCUGCUACGGUCCCCGUAGCGUACUCGACUGCCUACUACGCGCUAGUGGUGCGCGCUGGAAUGCAGCCUGGGGAGUCGCUGCUAAUCCACAGUGGCAGCGGUGGCGUCGGACAAGCUGCAAUCAGAAUUGCCCUUUCCAUGGGCUGCACAGUCUUUACCACUGUAGGAUCUCAGGAAAAGAGGGCAUAUCUCAAGCGGUGCUUUCCAGUGUUACAAGACCGAAACUUUGCCAACUCACGAGACCUAUCCUUCGCAGAACACAUAAUGUGCGAGACUAAAGGCCGAGGUGUGGAUCUGGUGCUGAACUCAUUGGCCGUAGAGAAGCUCCAGGCUAGCGUACGCUGCCUCGCAAAGCACGGCCGCUUCGUGGAGAUCGGCAAGUUCGACCUGUUCCAGAACAACAAUCUGGGCAUGUCCGUGUUUCUCCAGGGUGUCAGCUUCCACGGGGUCAUGUUGGACUGCUUGCUGCACGAUAGCACGACUGCUCUGGCUCACAAGCGCCGUGUCACAGAGCUUGUCAGCCAAGGAAUCCAAUCUGGGGUUGUACAGCCGCUGGAUGUCAUCAAGUUCACCCGAGAGCAGACCGAGCAGGCGUUCCGCUUUAUUGCCUCUGGGAAACAAAUAGGCAAGGUCGUGAUCAAGAUGCGGACGGAAGAGACCGAGUGCACCACUCGCGCGCCUCCGCUGACAGUGGAAGCAGUGGCGCGUCCCUACUUCUACCGACACAAGUCUUACGUCAUUGUCGGUGGCCUUGGUGGCUUCGGCCUCGAGCUCGCCGAGUGGAUGGUGUCUCGUGGCUGCCGCAAGCUGCUGCUGAUCUCCAGGAGCGGUAUGCGCACGGGAUACCAGAAUCUUUGUCUUCAGCGGUGGAGCGACUUGGGGGUCACAGUGCUUGUCACCAACGACGACGUUUCAACGCAAGAAGGUGCUCGCAGGAUUAUCGAGACUGCGACAACUGUGGGACCCGUGGGCGGGAUUUUCAACCUGGCCAUGGUUCUUCGCGACGCCUUGAUCGAGAAUCAGUCGGCCGAGAUGUACGCGGAUGUGUGCAAGCCAAAAGUUCUUGGUACUCAGUGCCUCGACGACGUGUCGCGAAGUGACUGUCCCGAGCUGGACCACUUCGUCGUUUUCUCCUCUGUGGUUUGUGGUCGUGGCAACGUUGGCCAGACAAACUAUGGCUUCGCGAACUCCGUCAUGGAGCAUAUAUGCGAGCGCCGUGUCGCGGACGGGCUCCCCGGGUUGGCCAUCCAGUGGGGCCCUAUCGGAGACGUUGGUGUAGUCCACGAUGUCUUCGGCGUUGACGUAACAAUUUCUGGACUUCCGCCACAGUCGAUAAAUUCUUGUUUGGAGGUGUUGGACCACUUCCUUGGCCAACGUCACCCUGUCGUUUCGUGCUGUGUCAAGGCGAGCUUGUCCACAAAAGCGGACAGCACGGAAAAGCAAGAUCCUGUCGGGAGCGUAGGUCACAUAAUAGGGAUCAAAGACCCUUCGAAAAUGAACCCGACCGUCAGCCUCGGCGAGCUGGGAAUCGACUCCUUGAUGACCAUUGAGGUGAAGCAACUGCUGGAGCGAGACUACGACGUUGCUCUGACUGUGAAACAAAUCCGGCAGCUUAGCUUCAGUCAGCUAAGCAAGAUCAGCGAAGCCUACAGCGACAAUUCGCCAGCGCUUGAUGCGGCAACUCCGGCCGAAGGACAAGGGCUCACGGACCAAGAUGUCAUAGACGUUCACCGGCUCAAAAUCCGGAAGGAAGACAAAGAAAUCGACAUGAAACACCUGAUCCUCACGGUCAACCACAACACACUCCCUGAACAAAUAGAAGUCGGCUACUUGAACAUAGAUUUCAAGGAAAAUAGAUAUCACCCGAGGAAUACCACAACGACGCCGGCUGGACGCUCGCGGGGAAAGCAUGUCGAGGCGGCGCCAGCAGACCCCGCCAGCGGCAAGCCCGACGGACCCGGCGAGGGUCAAACAAGCACAAGGUCGAAAUUCAACAAGAACGUCAGAGCCUCGGUCAACAAGGCAGCACGCAUGCUAGCCAUGCCACUGGAAGAAAGCAAGAUAGUUGUCAGGCCCAGAGGGGUACUGGACAUUGUCAAGACCGGCACCACCACCGUAGCUGCGGCCAAGAUCACGAGCCACGAAAGCAUCAUGGACACCAUCUGCCCCAACACGCAACAGAACAUCAUGGUCGUCAGUACACCGUGUGAAGACAACGCGGCCAG